GUGGAGCCCUCAAAGCAUUAGGGACUCAUCGUUCGAGAUUCAAAUCUCAACUUCCUUCUCCUCGGAAAAAGAAACAAUAAUUUAUCCAAAUUUCUAUUUCUUAUCUGAUUUUGUUCUCGAAAUCACUCUUUCAAUCUGCAGAAUUGUGAAGGAAGACGACGAUAAUGGAAGAAAAUUUCCCAUCGUUGCCUGAAGAAUGCUGGGAAUUGAUCUUCAGUUCCCUCCUUCACCGCCGUCACACCCACCAUUUCGAAUCUCUAUCUCUCGUCUGUAAGCAAUUUUUCUCCAUCACCAACAAGCUUCGAACUACACUCAGAAUCUCCGAUUUAACCAUCCCCGCAAUUCCCCGCAUAUACUCCAGAUUCCCCAGUCUCAAACGGAUUGAUCUAAGCAAUUUCAAAGGCGUCCUCGAUGGCCUGCUUGUCGGGAUUGCACUAUCUGGGUUGGAUAUUGAAUCACUCGAUAUCUCUAAUCAGAAGAGGAUUCCGGUUGCUGAUUUAAUGGUGUUUGGAUCGUCGAUGCCGAAUUUGAGGGUUUUACUUUGUUCGAAGAUUAAGUUACUACCUGAUGAGCAUCUGGUUGUGAUUGCUAAAGCGUUUCCGAAUCUUGAAGAGCUCGAUAUUAGUUAUCCUACAAAUGUUCUCGGUUAUCAUUGUUGUGUUGAGGUUGAGGGUGAGGGUGAGGUCACGGAUUCGGGGUUUCUCGCUUUGAUUCAGGGGUUGCCGCGUCUUUCUAAGGUAAAUCUCUCUGGAAAUACGUUUGUUACUAAUCAAUCACUUCUAGCUUUGGCGACGGGAUGUAUGAUGCUUAGGGAAAUUGCGAUUUGUGAUUGCGAUUUCAUUACUCGAUCGGGUAUUGCACAGGCCCUAUGCCAGAACCCUAAUUUGUGUUCAAUUUCCGCUAAUUGGAUAGGGAUGCCCUCUAUUCGUUCCGAUCUCAUUCAUUGGUUUGCUUCUUUGCAAAAUUUAACUUCUCUUGUUCUUUACGAUUCAAAUAUUUCGGAUGAGGUCCUGAAUUAUGUAGCAAAGUCAUGUUUGUCAUUGAAGAAGCUCGUUCUUUCCCGUUGUAGCAACUUUUCGUUAUCUGGAAUUUUGUUGCUGUUGUAUAAUAAUCUUCAGAUUCAAUGGUUGGGUCUUGAAGCAGCUAAAUUCCUAACGGAUGAAUCUGUAAAGGAGUUAUCAGAAUUUCUCCCAAUGGUGAAAUUCAUAAACCUUAGCAAUUGCUCUAAUCUGACCUGUUCCUCCUUGUUCACCCUGGCAAGAAACUGCCCUACUUUAACUGAUAUAAACAUGAAGAUUGUUAAUCUCAAGAAAGAAGAACACUACACAACAGAUUUUGUCAACACUCGACUAAUGUCUCUGGAUUUAUCUGGGAACAAGAACUUAUGCAAUGAGGGUUUAAGGAAAAUUGCUUCCAUUUUUCCAAAUUUGGAGCUGUUGAAACUAAACAAUUGUGGAGGAAUCACAGAAGAAGGCAUUGGAGAGGUUCUGGGUGUAUGCACCAAUAUUAGGCAUUUGGAAUUGAAUUUCUGUACAGGAGUCAAAAAUAUAGUGAUGGAGUUUGAACUUUCAGCAAUGGAGGUACUGAGAUUACAGAGAUUAGCAAUUGAGGAUUCAACAUUAGCAAUGGUUGGAAGAAGAUGCCCUUCUUUACUCCAUUUGGAUUUGUUGGGGUGUUCAAAAGUGACAACAGAAGGGGUGAUGGAGGUGGUGAGAAAUUGCAAAGGAUUGAGGGGAAUUAACAUGUGGGAUUGCUGUGAAAUUGCUAGCAGUAUUGUUCCAUGGAUGGUUUUCUCAAGGCCAUCUCUGAGGGAGAUAGUGCCACCCAUUUCUAUUCUUCUUACUGCUAAUCUAAAGAACCUUUACUUGAGCCAUGGAUGUCUGGUCUACAAUGAUGGAUCUUUGUGGGAUCUAAAGUGCUUCUCCUAGAAUAGUCUCUGGUGAGUUUUGCUUCCUUCCUGCUAUAGCUCAAGUCCCAAUUCAUUCAUUUCCUUUCUUUUGAGUUCAACAACUAACUGAUAAUGGUGGAUAGAUUCGAACCUAACUUUGAUGGUGGUCUUAUAUGCUUUAAGAGACAUGCUCAGGUUAGCAGUUCCAAUUCAGUUUAGAUUCUCUCUUUAGGGCUGUUUGCAUUGAGAUGAUAUAGGAUGUGAGGAGUUUUGAUUUCUGGAGAGUUCUGAUCGAGUAUAAACGAUCGAAUAUGUUCAAGCAGUGAGAUGAUAUAUGAUACGAUACAUGAAGGAAAAAUGGUAGUGAGAUACAAAAUACGUUUCGAAAAUGGAUCCACAAAUAAUUAAAAUCGGUGAGAUAGGAUAAUGGGUCUUCAAACACUUAUGGGGAUAUAUCAUCUCAUGUUGAACCCCCAAACAGUCCCAUCAUGAUUUGAUUAUACAUUGAGAAACUAUAUUAGAGUAAUGGCAUAAUUUGAUAAUUUUGUACAUAGAUGAUUGUUACGAAUGCAUUUUUUUUUCUUAUUUUCUCUUGAAUUGGAAUUUUAUUGCUUUUUUUUUUUAGUACAAUAAUGGUAUGGGAAUUUGAAAUA